AGAGUUCUAGAGUCGACAGGCAGGCAGGACGAUAGCGGCCGCAUCCUCGCUCACUGUGAGCAUGGUGGACCGUCCGCGCAGGCAGCGGUCGUGGAGGUCGGUGGCGGGUCUUUCUCCACACGGGUAGCUCAAUGAUCGGUGAAAUACAAAACCGAUGGAUUAUUCAGGAACGUUGACAUAUGGCGUUAUCUCGUGACGGGUGUUCAUCCCGGUCUGGACAAGCCCAUCAAAAUCGGUUCUAGCUUUAAUUUUGUCCCGCGAUCUUACACGACAUCCUCGUCCCACGCGUUGCGAUGGCUCUGUCGGAGCGAGUCUAUGUUUCUUGCCUUCUUCCACUAAGGCGGUCGGCCCCACCUACCAGCAGGCGGACCAAUCCAUUUAUCUGUCCGAUCAGAUAGGACCGCAGGACACCAAGGCCCUAGAACAGAGCAGGAUACGACUACAGCCGCAGUCGUGUGCCAGUGUACUUUAUUUGUCCAGUUCUGCGGUGUGUGCUGAUUGCUGCAGCUGUGUAGUUUGCCGGGCAGCUGUCGGCAGCACCCAAGUCACCAUGCAAGCGCUAAGGGAGGGCCAGGUGCUGCGCCGACUGGGCCUGCAGGAGUCCAUGUGGCACGAGGUAUUCACCCGCCUGGGUGGCACCAGCUUGCUGCAGUACUCAUUGGUGGUCGACUCGGAGCGCCAGCUAGAGCCACCGAAGGUGCGCGCGGCACUAGAGGCCAUGCAGAGGCAGAUUCCGGUGUUGCGGGCACGCGUCGAACAGCGGGACAACGCCAGCUUCCUGGUGGCUGGCCGCUGUCCCGGCGUGGAUCUGACGGUGCUGCCACCUGGCGAGGACUGGCUGGCGGAGCACCACCGCCAGCUGCAGGAGCAGACGAUCGACACGCGAGAGGGCCCGCUGUGGAAGGCCGGCCUCCUGCACAGCCCCGCCAACUUUGCGGCACCGGCGGCGCCACUGCACCGCGCUGUUCUGUACCUGUCGCUCUGCCACACGGUCACCGACGGCCUCAGCAACGCUCUCAUCUGCGGCCAGCUCUUGAGCAACCUGAACCAGGCGCUGCGUGACCUGGAGAUUGAAUGCGACCCACCCGCGCCGGUCUACCCGAGCCUCGAGGAGCUGGUGGCCGGCGAGCGCGUCCGCUUCAGCCUGCCGCUUGUCCGCACGCUGCUGAGAGCCUCGCAGGUCCUCCUGCCGCGCAAGAACCCGCUCAUCGACGCCUUCGUCUCCGACUUCGACCCACACCUCCCCCCGGAGAGCUAUCACAACCAGAUGAUCCCGGCGUCGCUGUCCGCCUGCGAGACGACCGGGCUGCACGCGCACUGUCGCCGCCACGGCGUGUCUCUGAACGCGGCGCUCUCGGCCGCCGUCAGUCUGGCAGGCGCUCGUCUGCUGCGCGGUCCCGGCGCCGCGCCGGUCGCCAUUAACACCACGUGGCUGGUGAACGCGCGCCGCUACCUGCCGCGCGCCGAGCGCAUGCACCUGUCGACGGUGAGUGGCGCGAUGGCGCGCGUGCGUGUCGAUGCCGCCCCUUUCUGGCAGCUGGCGGCGCGCAUAGGCGGCGACUUGCAGCGCCAGCUUGACCUCAAGAUGCCCCUGCUGAUGCUCAAACUGGCAAAGCGCUUCAUCAAUCCGGAGAAGAUCCCGGCAGCGCAACAGAAGGAGCCGAAACAGAUGCCCAGCCCGUUCGCCUACAACAUCAAUAACUUGGGAUCGCUGGACGCCGUGCUGCCGCGUUCGGAGGCGGUGCGCGUGGUCGAGCUGCACCGCACGUUUAAGGCGCACCCAGCUAUGGACGGCUCCUUCGGCAGCCACUGCUUCCACACGGUCGGAGGCCGUCUCUGCUACGACCUGAACUUCCUGCGCGGCCGGGUGCAGCCGCGGGACGCUGAGCGGUUCUCCCAGCUGGUGCUGGAGCUGCUGAGGGACGCGUCCGCGCCGGCGGCGGAGGCGGCGGCCUGAGACGCCGUCCGGACUCGCCUGUUGAACUGUGGGAUCAGGGAGCUUCAGCGGUCGGCAGUCGGGAUGUCACGGACGGCCAGUACUGUGAUUUGUGCAGGGAGGUACUACGCUUUGCACCGAAAUCCGGACAUGAGAAGCCGGUACAAGUGUUUUCUUAGCCGCAUUUCACGCUCAAUGUACGUUGAUGACGCCUUAUAACGCCUAGUUAUGUUAACACGCACUCAGUCCUGUAUGCCAAGGAUGACGAGUUAACUAUUAGUAAGAGAUGUGAUGCAUGAUUGUAUUAGUAUAAUUGUUGAAGAGGUAUAUAAAUGUUCAUUGACGUAUGUUAAACAUGCAGCGAAGUAGUGUACAAAUGUUAUUGUGACAUGAAUAUUGACGAUAUUGGUAUGUAGGUAUUGGUUUGGCAUUGCUAAGCGGUAUUUUCUAAGCUGUGACUUUACUGCCCAAAAGUGACAACUUUUGCGAUACCCACCUGACCAAAUGCCAAUGCGGGCGUAAUAUAUUUCCGUACUACGUAGCUGGGCCGAAUCAUUCAAAGCUGACCGUAAUAAACGACAAAGUCAG